AUGCAAUCAUCCGGCGUCGCAGGAGCCCAGCGGCCUUCGCAGUCUCAGCGUCGACAACAAGACUUCCCCGACGCAAUGUAUUCUCAAGCCCAACCGGCGGCCAUGAAUCCUACAACGAGCUCCGCCUCUCAGGCGAGGUCGUCUUCUGGUUCUGGCCGCUCGCAACGGAGCGCUAAUCCCGACAAGCAAAUAUCGCAAAUAGAGAAGAGCGUCACUCAUCUGCUGGUUGCUACGAAACAAUUGCUCGAGACAUUGACACAGUGGUCGCGCGGGCAGGCGCAGGAAGAGGAGGUCUCGGAUGUAUAUGUACGACUGGGAUACGAAUUUAAUCUGGCAUGCCGCGCCUUCAACUCAAUAGGUGUCGAAACCUCCGACCUCGGUCCUGUGCCUGAUCUUUUGAGGAAUAUCCUUGAGGAUACUCUGAGCCAGCCCGCAUCCCCUCAAGCGCUCGAUACCUACCUACCACGCAUCCGCGACAUCAUUAUCAAUCUUCUACAUGGCCUCAAGAGGAAGCAGAGCCGACUACGUGGUCGAACAGCAAAGGAAGCCUCCGCAACAACACAAUCGAGACCCCCUACUACUCCAGCGAGACAGCCUAGCAUAUCGACAACAGGAAGCAAUGAAACUGGUCUGACAAACAUGCUUGACGAUGUGGCGAUUGGACCUGCUCCAAGUCUACGUGCCCAAUCACCUCCUCAAAGCAGUACGCCAACCGAUCAGCCCUGGGUUGAUACAAACACUCCGGCUGCGCAACAACCAGGUCGAUCGUCCAUAAAUAGACACUCAAUGCGAAGGGAUGUUGCCCCCCAAAUACCUCAAUCUGAUUCUGGCUCGACAUUGUCUUCAGGGACCCCGCAAAACCCUCCCAGUCAAACGCUUUACCAGGACGUCGACCGAUCUCCUUCCGUUCCGCAAGUCCAUUUUCCACACCCUCCCCCGCCGCCACCGAAACAAGCAGAUGCCCUCACGAGAUUACAGCGUGGCGGAGAUUUGGAGAGGCGGGCUUCGAGAAGAUUUUCGGCAUACCAAAUUCAAAAGCAUCUGGGCGCUUCUCCUAAUGGCGUGCCUGUCAUCCCAGCUGCUCAAAAUUCCCCCAUACCGAACAGGGGGAAGGAGGUGCGCGAAUCUUUAACUGCCGUUCGGUCACGAAGUUCCUACCAACAAUCAAGAUCAAAGUCCCUUCGUCAAGGAGAUGUGUCGCCCAGUAGGAGCGGGACUAUCAAGGCUCCCCAACGCAUAUCAGAAGAGAGAGAGGAGACUCCGAUCCUAACUCUGCAGGAAGUGCCACCAAUGCAACCGCCCCAAGACCCUGUCAAUUUUGAUAGCCCAACUGUUAAAACCCCGGAUGAAUAUCUGCCAAUCCCGAAAUCUGUUUCUGGCAGCGGAGAUAAUCUGCUGGUGGGAGCAACCGUUAAUGGGCCCCUCGAUCCACCACCCGAGGAGUUGCAAGCAACGCUGUCACUCGACUCACAAGGCGUCCCGCCUCUUCCCGAACACAAAGGGUUGGUAGACAUAGAAACAGUGAAGACGCCUGAGACCGUUCAACGAAGACCACCCGAGAAUCAUACGCCACCAAGAUCGCAUAUUACCGCCUCGGAUUCGUCACCUCCACAGGGCAAGGAGUUGACUCUUUUCUUGCAAUAUCGAAGCAAAAUCAAGAAAUUUGUACUUGCAGACGGCUACGACGAACUGACCAUUGCUAGGUUGCAGCUUGCUUUUAUUGAAAAAUUUGCGUGGAACACUCAGCACAACGGAGUAGACCUCCCCGAGAUUUAUGUCCAAGACCCUGUCUCUGGCGUCCGGCAUGAAUUAGAAGACCUUUCGGAUGUCAAGGACCGAAGCGUGCUGGUUCUGAAUGUGGAAGCUCUAGAUGAAGUCAAAAAACACAUUGAUGAAGGGAUGGGUGGACUUCAAAGAAGUCUGGAUGGGGUCCGGUCUUUGCUCGAAGGCCAGAGUACAAUGAUGCAGCGAUUUGCAGAUCGACAGCUCGAAACCUCCAAGGAGAUGGCAAGAAUGUCUGCUCUGCCUGCGCAGCAUCCAGGGCGAACCCCGACACUGGCCCCUGGUAAUUUCACAGCUCCUCCAUCUUCGGAGUCCACUCUUCAAGAAAUCCAAAACCUUCGCCGAGAGAUUGCAGUGUUGCGCCAGACGUACUCCACAAUGUCUUCAGACUUUACUGCAGCCAUGAGCGACAUUAAGGCCAAGGCCGCCAACGUCAUGGCUGUCGCUGCAGAGGCUGCCAAUGCCACAUACAAAGGAGAUGCCGGUCGAGCUCAUAUCAAUGAAGGCAAGAAACAACUGUCUGACGACUCUGAGGCGCUCGUCAACCGUGUCGAUGAUCUUUCAGAUAUUGUUGAAGAGUUACGCAAGGAUGUCGUGACUCGAGGAGUCAGACCACUUCCUCGGCAACUGGAGGAUAUCAGUAAAGAAAUCAGUGCAGCGGCCAAACAACUCGGCAAAGUCAAAGAGUUUGUCAAGCGCGAGAAGCCUAUCUGGACCAAGAUAUGGGAGCAAGAACUCCAGGUCGUCAUGACGGAAAGAGACGAUUUGACACAGCAAGAUGAGUUGAUGAACGAUCUCGAUGGUGACCUAGAGGAUAUCACAAGUGUCUUCAAGCUCGUGGAGGAGGCAACAAAGCAGCAAAACCUGCAAAACGCGAAUAGUGGUCGUCAACCUUCGAGAAACCUUGCCUUCGACACGGAUGUUGACCCCCAUGAAGCCAAAAGUGGUAUGCUAGAUGAAGUCCGGGCUCUGCAGCCGAAUCACGAAAGCCGCCUCGAGGCAAUAGAGCGAGCAGAGAAAGUUCGUCAGCGAGAGUUGGAGAGCCGCAAGGUUGGCGAAUUUCAGCGUGAGGUCGAAAAGUUUGUUGAAGAAGGCAAGUUGAAGAAGACUGGCGGCAUGGACGAGGUGGAACGGAGGAGGAAGUUAAAAGAUGAGCAGGCGAGGAGGGAGAACUAUGAGCGGCAACAAGCGAGAGCAGCUGAAUUGGAGAAGAAACGUGCUGCCGAGGCGGCGGCGAAGACGGCGGCAGCAGCAGCAGCAACGGCAGAAGAACCCUCUAUUGAGACAGAUGGCGCUAUACAGCAAAACUCGGAUCACGACAACUCACAGGACGUGGAAGCGGCUUCGCAGGACGUAAAAGAGGAGGUACAUGCGCCCGAACGAGAGACCUUGCCAGAGUCGGCCCCUGCCCCAGUGAUAGAUGAGGCUGUCGAGUCGGUUCCAGCGGAGACACCGCAAUUGUCAGAGACCGGAGUUGGCAAAGAAGGUGAAGGCGACAAGGGACUCGGUAUGUCAUUUUUCCGUGAUUCCAUGAGUGAGGCUGGUUGA